AGAAGCGUGCGUCUCGUUUGGAGUCCUGCGCACAAACAUGAGGAGCGAAGCUGGGGAGGGGACUCCUGCGGUCGGUUUUCUCUCUCUCUCUCUCUCUCUCUCGCUCUCUCUCUCUCUCUCUCUGCGGGCUGGGGGUCUGUCUGGGGCAGUUUAAGGACACCUGCGCCCUCAGCUUCCUCAAACCCGUAAAGUUGCAGGGUUAAGUUAGUUUCGCUGGAGUUUAUGUAGCGAUCAUGUUAGGCGUAGGCACCGGCAAGACCCCGAGCACCAGUCCCAGGGAGCACAGGAGGAAAGUGAAUGAGAAGACGACGGACCUCAUCAGGAGCCUCGGGCUUCAUGAAAAUGAGGACAUACGCGUGAUGAUGGCGGGUUCCAGCAUGCUGAAAGUUCGGUCUACAAGUUGGCAAAGGAACCGAAGCAUGCGGCUGCUGGAGGACGGACUCACCGUGUGGUGCGAGUCCAAGAGCUCCCGCAAAGGCAAAGCCCAGCAGACAUUUGCAGUGACGGAGGUGGAGUGUGUGUGUGAAGGCUACCAGUCGGAGGCACUGAGGCGGCUGUCUGGAACCCUACCAGAGAACCAGUGCUUCACAGUGGUCUUCAAAGGAGCCAGGAAGAGCCUGGACCUGAAGUGCCCCACUGCAGAGGAAGCUCAGCACUGGGUGCGCGGUCUCCGCACAUUAAAGGAGCGAGUGGCCAGCAUGAGUCAGAAGGAAAAACUGGACCAUUGGAUCCGAGGGUACCUCAAGCGAGCAGAUCAGAACAACGACGGCAAGAUGAGCUACGAUGAGGUCAAACGGCUGCUGCUGAUGAUCAACAUUGACGUGAGCGAGCAAUAUGCCCGCUGCUUAUUCAAGCGGUGUGACCGAUCUGGCGAUGGCCGCCUGGAUCAUACAGAAAUUGAAGGGUUCUGCAGGGAGCUGCUGCGACGGCCUGAGCUAGAUGCCGUGUUUAGACACUAUUCAAGUAAUGGCAGUGUGCUCUCCACUGCUGAGCUGCGUGAUUUCCUGGGAGACCAAGGGGAGGACGCGUCGCUGAAUCAUGCGCGGAGUCUUAUACUCACCUAUGAGCUCAAUGACUGGGCUCAGAAGAACCUGUUCAUGACACAGAAUGGUUUCACCAUGUACAUGCUCUCUCUGGAGAAUGAUGUCUUCAACCCUAACCAUGCCAGAGUCUACCAGGACAUGACCCACCCGCUGGCCCAUUACUUUAUCUCCUCGUCACACAACACUUACCUUACCAAGGACCAAGUCACCGGUGCGAGCAGCACUGAGCCGUACAUGAGGGCUCUAAUUCAGGGCUGCCGCUGUGUGGAGCUAGACUGCUGGGAUGGAGAUAAAGGUGAACCUGUCAUCUACCACGGGCACACACUCACCUCCAAAGUACCCUUUAAGGAAGUCAUUGAAACCAUCGGCCAGUAUGCCUUCAAGACGUCCCCAUACCCUCUAAUCCUGUCCUUGGAGAAUCACUGUUCUGUGGAGCAGCAGGAUGUCAUGGCCAAACACCUCCAUAAUAUCCUGGGCAAAAAACUGCUCACCAAGCCUCUCAGUGACCAGCCACUGAGAGACCUGCCUUCUCCCGAAGAGCUUAAGGGGCGUAUUUUGGUAAAAGGAAAGAAACACACUCCUCACCUGGGUGAGCUGGGGAAGAACAGCAGCUGCACCAGCUUCUCUUCGAGCUCUGAAGAUGAACUAGCCGGCAGCAUUAAGAGCACACCCAUGAAGGAUCCUGCAAAGGUCCGUUCGAAACUGUGCCCCGAGCUAUCGGACCUGGUGGUUUACUGCAAGAGUGUCCCCUUCCGCGGGUUUGGAAAUGUGUCUGAAAAACCGCCAAAUGAAAUGUCUUCUUUCUCUGAAAACGAUGCCCUCAAGCACAUCAAAGAGUCUGGGAAGCUUUUUGUAAGACACAACAGCAGGCAGCUGAGCCGGAUCUACCCUUGUGGCCAGCGCCUUCAAUCAUCCAACUAUGAUCCUCAGGAAAUGUGGAACUGUGGAUGCCAGCUGGUGGCUCUAAACUUCCAGACGGCCGGGGAGCAAAUGGACCUGAACCAGGGUCGCUUCCUCGUAAAUGGUCGCUGUGGAUACGUCCUCAAACCCAGCUUCCUGUGCAGUCCCACAUCCAACUUUAACCCAGAAAACACGGGAGGAGGCCCCGGUCAUACCCCCACUCAGCUGACUAUACGAAUAAUAUCUGCACAACAGCUGCCAAAAAUCAACACAGAGAAGGCGAGCUCCAUUGUGGAUCCACUAGUGUGGGUGGAAAUUCAUGGGGUGGCUAUUGAUAAAGCAAAACAAAAAACCCACCGCAUUGACAACAAUGGUUUCAACCCUCGCUGGGACUGUACUCUGAGCUUCCAGCUGCAGGUCCCUGAGCUGGCCCUGGUGCGGUUUGUAGUGGAGGACCACGAUCAUGCUACCAAAAAUGACUUCGUGGGGCAGUUCACUUUACCUUUUACAAGCUUUCGCAUAGGUUAUCGACAUAUUCACUUACUGAAGGCAGAUGGUUCCAGCCUUUCUCCUGCUACACUCUUUAUCCAUGUCAAAGUGACUCGCAGAGGUGUUCCUGUCAAAACUAUGGCUGAGCGUAUUGCCGCUGCCAAAGGCAAAGCGUGACACACAUCUGAACAAGACAAUCAGACAUCUGGACAAUGAAGGACCUUGGAAGGAGGAGCUCCGAGUGUAAACAGACAGAGACAGAAUGCUGCUGUUGCUGUUGUCUUACAGUUCAGACCCCAAGUGGUCCAAUUUACACAAAACCACUUCCCAGUGCUUAAAGAAAGGUGUCUGUCAGAGAUGGAGACAUGCCCUCUGGUGACUGUAAUUCAUUAAAAAACACAGAAAAGGGACUGUUAGAGAGAAUGAAAAUCAUUUAUUUUAUGUCACCAUUUUAUUUUUUAACAUGUGUUUUUUUUUUAAACUUGAAGAAUAAUGAUCGCUGAAGUAAAAUAGCACUUCUUAAACUGAUGCUAUAAAAGAAUUGCAAUGAGAUGGAAACCAAGUGUAAGUAACUGUGUUUGACAAUAUCCAUAAAUGUCAGUGUUUUAGAUGUUAUUAUUGGCAGCAUUAACUGUGAUGUAAUACAGAUUUAAUUUUGUGUUAGUCAGUGCGCCAGGGCCCCGUGGCCCAUGUUGGCCAUGUACAAGUACUCGAUACUCCAGAUAUCUGGGCACUUUUAAAUUCUCUCUGGAAGACAAAUGUUAACAUGUUCUCACAUCUUCCAGUAGAACAUGACAGGCUUAACUUGCAAAGAUAAGCUUUUUUCUUAAAUGUCUUGUAUUUUAUUUUAGCAUCAUUUCAGAUACGUUCAAAUGUGCUUUUUUAAAAUCAUAUUUGAAUUUUAACGAUACAGUAUUUCCAUAUAAGCUUCUUUCAUUUUGUCAAUUUUUGUCCUUGUAUUCAGAUCUAGAAAAAAUGCUGGUUAAAAACUAAUUGCAUCAAUCUAAUACAACCACUAAUUACUCCAGGCUACAGUGAAUCUUUUAAUACUCUUAUAAGGAGGUUCACUGAUAAUAAAAUGGUCCAGCGAUGAAAAGUAAUUACUGUAAUUACAUUUUUAAUGGUCACGCUGGUUUUGAGGAGAAUGUAAUAUGUGUUUAAUAGUGAGUGAAGUAAAACUUUGCUCUCUUAAUGUUUAAUAUAGAAGCUGUGGGAUGCGUUUGAGUGGUUAUGUUUGCAAGAAAAAUGUUUUUAUAAAGCACUUCUAACAUUUUUUUUUCACAUGCUGUCAAAAGAUACAAGUGUCUUUUUUAGUUUCAAAAGUCCACAGUGUUGUCUGUGGAUACCUGACACUUUAAUAAAUGCAUAACCAGAAGGUUGUACUGUGAA